AAAGCAGGCAACGCAACGUUACAGAUAAUAGGAUUUAAGGGAGGGAGCGAGGUCCCCCUCCUUUUUUCUGAAAGAGAGAGAGGGGGGGGGGAAUCUUUCCUUUUGGUCCUCGCUCCAUAUUGAACAACGGCGCGGAAGGCUCCUCGGAGGCUGGCUGGCCGCACUUGGGGGUUGCCCGCUUGGGUUCCCUUGAAGAGAAAGGGAGGAGGAAGAGGAGACGGGGAGAGAAAAGGAAGACAAGGGAAGGGGGCGAUCCACGCAAGAUCGCGGCGGGAGGCAGGAAGCGGAGACAUUUCCCCCUCGGCUUCCCUCAGCCCCUUUCUCUUUCCCUCCCUCCCUGCGAAGUGUGGCAGCUGUUCCUGAGCCCGAAAGACUUCGCGGGAGGCGCGUGGAGCCAUGAUUGCUGGCUCGUAAGGCUGCGCGACGUUGUGUGCGUGGUGUGCCUGCCCAGCGUGUGUGUGUGUGUGUGUGUGUCUGUGCGCGCGUACGGAUGGAUGCGGCGCUUCCAUCCCGCCGGGCCACAACAAUGUGGCGUUCCUGGAUCCCGCAGAAGAUGAGGGAGAGAGAUUAAAAACAGAGGACGACAAGAAGGCGAGGAAGAGUGGACGCGUGCUUGGAAACAACACCCCGGAGGAUCGUGGUUUAUUGCAAAGGAGGGAGGGGGGUCCACAACGAAGAAACUUAUGGAAGAAUGAAGGAGAUGGUGGGUGGCUGCUGCGUCUGUUCUGACGAGCGGGGCUGGGCGGAGAACCCCUUGGUCUACUGCGAUGGGCACGGCUGUAACGUCGCCGUGCAUCAAGCAUGCUAUGGAAUUGUACAAGUUCCCACCGGACCAUGGUUCUGUCGAAAAUGUGAAUCUCAAGAAAGAGCCGCCAGGGUGAGGUGUGAGCUGUGUCCCCAUAAAGACGGAGCACUGAAGCGGACCGAUAAUGGAGGCUGGGCCCAUGUCGUCUGCGCUCUGUACAUCCCUGAGGUGCAGUUUGCUAAUGUUCUCACCAUGGAGCCUAUUGUCCUCCAGUAUGUUCCCCAUGACCGGUUCAACAAGACUUGUUAUAUCUGUGAAGAGCAAGGCAGGGAGAGCAAAGCAGCCUCCGGAGCCUGCAUGACUUGCAACCGUCACGGCUGUCGGCAAGCCUUCCAUGUCACUUGUGCUCAGAUGGCUGGGCUCCUGUGUGAAGAAGAAGUCUUAGAAGUCGACAACGUGAAAUACUGUGGCUACUGCAAGUACCACUUCAAUAAAAUGAAGACAUCAUGCCAUUCUGGAAGUGGUCCUUUCAAUGCAGGAAGAAGGAGCCGGUCACCGUCACCUGCCCAAGAGAAGCAUGUGUCCCACCAUGAGAAACCAAAGAAGAGUCGGAAGGACAAGGAACGGCCCAAACAGAAGCACAAGAAGCAUUCCGAAUCUCCCACCAGUCUCACACUGUCCUCCCCAUCCAUUGUCCCUGAGAAGCAAAGUUCCACGAAUCAUCUCGAGAGCAGCAAAGAAACAUCGGACGUCAUCAGGUCGGAGGUGAAAGGCAAAAAGCCUUCAAGCCAUGGCACAAGCCACAAGGCAAAGAAGUCGGGAAGUGGGAAAAGCUCGACGGGUUUUGUAUCAUCGCUGUCUUCCAGUGGGACAUUUCCACCUGCAGGUACCUCAUGCAGCUCCUUGCCCUUCUCCCAGGACUUUGUGACCUUUCCGAAGCUUGAGCAGCAGCAGCCCACAUCAGAAGACGAAAAGUACCGCAAGCCUGUCUCUUCCUCCUCGUCUUCCGCACAUUGCUCUCCAUUGUACGAAGGGCAGAAGAGCGACGUCUUUGAGCAGAAGGUGAUCUUCUCGGGCUUUGGCUCCAUCAUGCGCUUCUCCACCUCAGCCAUCAGCCAGCAGAAAGUCCGUGACGCUUCACCCGUGGACUACAAGGCCUCCAACCCUCUUGGUGGCCCAACUGGGGGGAGUGUUGGCAGUGGCAGCAGCAGUGGGAGUGUUGGUGGUGGCAACAGCAACAGCCACAAAAGAAUGCCAUCCCUCAAUGUGGAAGAGGGAGAAGUUCUGAAAGAAAAAAAGCACAAAGCCAACAAGAAGAGCAAGCAUGGCCCAGGGAGGCCAAAGGGGAGCAAGAACAAGGAAGUCCUGGGAGCCCAGCUGGUUGGGUCCACAGCUACCUCCUCCUCACCUUUCUCUGCGGGGUCCCUGGUCAGCUCCAGCAUUGGUGGAUCUUCACGGGCUUUCAGCCAUGCGACAGCUCUUCCAAGCCUCAGUCUGGAAUCCCCACUCUUGGGUUCAGGGAUCUAUACAAGCAACAAGGACCCCAUUUCACAUGGGGGUGGGGUGCUCAGGACGGUGUGCAGCACCCCCCUCUCUUCCAGCCUUCUGGCUCACCAAGGCACUUCUUCACUCCCCCAGCUCACGCGCUCACCCUUCGCCAGCACCAUCCCGGCCUCCUCCUCCUCUUCUGUAUCCACUACCCAGGUAUUCUCACUGGCAGGUCCUACAUUCAGUCUCCCUUCCUCACACAUCUUCGGAAGUCCACUCACCUCUGGGCUGACUAUGAACCCCCUGCUAAACCAGUCAGAAAACAACCGAACAGAACCGGAUUUGGAAGACUGCAAUUUUGCCUGCCGAGGAUCAUCACCCCAAGAAAGCCUUUCUUCCAUGUCCCCAAUCAGUAGCCUUCCCACCCUCUUUGACCAGACGGUGGCAACAAACAGCGGGCAGCUGGAAAAUGUCCCCCAGGCCACACCAAACAUUGAGCAGCUCCUGGAGAAACAAGGCAACGGGGAAGCUGGCGUCAACAGUGAGUCCCAGAGAAACUGCCUGGAAGGGACCCUUUGGUUGGCUGAGGCUGGGAUUAAUCAAGUGGAGGGACAAAGCACAGCACCUGUUGUAGAAAUGCUCAAAGCUCUUCAUUCACUGCAGAAGGAGAACCAACGCCUCCAGGAGCAGAUCAUGACUUUGGCAGCUAAAAAGGAGCGCUUGCAGCUUCUGAAUGUCCAGCUCUCUGUUCCUUUCCCAAUGCUCACCCCCAGCAAUGGCCCUUUGGGCCAAGCGCAUUACAUCCUAGCUCCUAAUGUGUGCAACAGUGACUCUCUGAGUAUCACCAAGAGCCCUCCCUGCAAGAACAGCUUUGGCAUUGAAAACUCUCUCUCGACUUCCUCCGAGGAUCCUCACUCAGGUUGCCCGAGCCGAAGCAGCUCCUCCCUCUCCUUUCACAGCACGCCUCCCCCGCUGCCCAUGUUGCAACAGAGCCCGGCCUCCCUUUCGCUGGUUACUGGGGUCCAGCAACAGCAGUCGCAGCAGCAGCCACCAGUGAAUGGUUUGGCCAGGACAAUGGGGAAUGUCCAUGGCGGAGUCACUCCUUCCAAUCACAGCCUGAUGGAAGGUCUCCUUGGGAGUCUCGCAGGAGCGCAACAAAUUCCCAUCAAUGGCAUUUUAGGAGGUCUGAAUGGAGCAAUAGCUGCCCAGGCACAGAACCCUCUCUUGGCACAGCCCGGUGGUCACCCAAACCUACAGCUUUCCACCAGCCAAAGCAGCAUGCCCAGCAUGACUCACCUGACAGAGCACCAGAGGCAACUCCUCAGCCAGCAUGAGCUCCAGCUGCAGCAACUCCAGCAGCUCUUGACCUCACAGCCUCUCAGCCCAGAACAGCAGGCGCUGGUGUUCCAGAUGAUUCAACAAAUUCAGCAGAAAAGGGAGCUGCAGAGGCUCCAGAUGACCAGCAACUCGCAGGUGCCCAUGACCGGUCUGGGGACAGCCACCUCCUCCUCCCUUCUCCAUUCCAACAACACUGUGCCAUCUGCUGCCAACAGCACCCUCCUGUCCUCCAUUUCCCCCCAGCAGCUCAAUCCAGCCAGUUCUUUGAUGGCUUCUUCACCACUCAGCACCCAUGGGAACAGUCUCAUGUCAGCUGCAACAGGGGCUGCUAUCCCACCCAUAAUGACGGCACAAACAAACCCUUUCCUCAACCUGCAGGGUGAUAGCAACAGCCAGAAAGGAAUGAGCAUGAAUGAAAAGGGAGGCGCCCCUGUCCAGGACAAGGGAUAGCUUUGGCAACACCAGGCCAUUCUCUGUCAUAGGAAAUUCUCUUCCCUGAGCCAUGGAUCCCAAAACGUAGAGCAACCACCUGAUGCCAGACUUCCGAGAAAGUCUGCUUUGCUGCAGAGCAGGACAACACCAAGCGGAGGUGCAUUGGGAGUCUAUGUUCCUUGGUUCUGUCCUCUUUCUGAAGGAGGAAAGUGGAGUAAACCCUCCCCUCCCUUACUGGCUCUAUCUGCUGUGCGGCACUUACUUCAUGACAAGUUGCACUUCAGAGGAAAUGGGGAAGCAGUCUGCUAAGAGACGUCCCCUGCAAAGAUAGGCGCUGCGAGAAGUGGCCAUGUCAUCUGCAGAGGAGGACAUUUCCCAACCAAGGCUAAGAAACCAGUCGUGUUUUCUGUCAGCAGAAGGAUGCAGCCACAGUGAAAGGGGGACGAGAUGGGACUUCUGAGGUCUCCAGUAUGUACGUAACAGGGUGAAGUUGGGAAGCUCUUCUUUGAAGAGAGAGAUACAGAAACAAGAGCUUUGCUCUCAAGAGGAAACAAAGGCGCAGCUUCAAAGCUUUGUUGACUCUUGCUGGGAUGUGGUUCUGGUGAGAGAAAACCCAGCACAACAAGAACAGUUACCUCGGUUCUCCCAAGUCUGCCAGUCUUACAUUUUAACAAUGGCCUUUCUUGUUUGGAUGAGAGUCUUCUUUUCCUCACCUUCAGGAGCCUUUGUGUGUGUGGAGCAAGGGCAUGGCAAAGAGAGCUUCCUCCUCACAAUACUAGCCCAAAGGGCUCUCUGGGCAGCUAUUCUGGCAUUCCCUUGUCAACAUGUUUUUUUGUGGGAAAACAAAGAAACUGGUGAAAUAACACAGGAAGAUGCUGAUGUCCGAGCCUGCUUCUGCCUCUUCAGAAGGCAAUUGCACAACAAAAGCCUUGUCUAGAAGCACUCAAUCUAUGUUCACCUUUGCUGUGAACUUUCUAGCCACUUAAAAAGAUCUUUUCCUACUUAGACCAGCCACUCCAAAGCCAACACCAAAGAGGCAGGGCCAAGACAUUAUCUAUGGGCAGGAGUUGUUUCUUCCAUCUCCAGGUAGCUCUGUUCAGGUUAAAAAAAACAUCUUCCUGUCGCCAGACCUAGGCUCAGUCAGAUCAUAGAUACGAAGAAUAUUGGUCUUCCCAACAACUUUAAGACCUCAUUUGCCUCUGGUAACCAGUGCCGCAGCAAAAGCAUUCAUUCCCUUCUUCUUGAAGCAGUUUUUGAAGCAUGCUAAGAUGAGAUGAAAUGGGAAUCAUGGUCAGUUGUUUUGAGAAACCUUAGCCAUCCCUAUCUUUGCUGGAUAAAUACAGAUCUCUCAAGGGAACAAGACGCCAGAUGACUGGGGAAAAAAACACCUACGAACUUUCAAAAGCUUUCCUGCCUUCAGUCAUUUUAGGCACAUCUCCACCACCUCUUCCAAUUUGCACUAUUUUCAAACACUGGUGGUGGGCAUGUGCAGAUGACUCCCAAGUAUGACCACUGCUGUUUAAAAAUCUUUUUAUUUUCCCCUAUGUGGUUUUGGUUUUUUUCUUCUGCUUUUUUUUUUUUACUGAAAAGAAGAAAAAUCCUUGCCACGUGGUUGAGCUGGAUGCUAAGGGGAAAAGAAGAAGAAAAAAAGAAGCGGCUUUAAAGGAUUUACCCUUUUUAAUUCACCCGUGCAGAUGUGUUUGGCUUCCACUUUUGUGUGUGAAUGUGGGAUUUAGUUUUGCAGUGUGUAUGUGUGGGAUUUUGUUUUAAAAGAAAGCUACUGGAAACUAACAAAAGCAGGAGUGAUUCCAAAUGGAACCUUCCCUUCUUUUCACUUGUGGCAGCUUUCAUAAAUGAAAAUGCAGCUGAAAAUUGGAACUACCCUUUCCAUUCUCCCUUCUCUUUAGCGAGGCAUUAGCAAACGUGACGGAUAGAAACUGUUAUCAAUGGAAUGCACUUAUGCUUUCGAUAGCACUCACCUUUCUCAAGCACUCAGGCCAGUGUUUCGGCCCCGUUCCAGAUCAAUUUUUGUCCUUUGCUAUCUUGAUGGCAUUAUUCUUGGCCUCUUGUCGAACCACCAAUGAGUCCUUCUAUAUGGAGGACUCCCUCAGUUUCAGUCAAGACAUUGUGCAACUAGUCUGCCUGUUCCUCUUUCAAAGAUUAUUAUUAUUAUAUAAUUAUAAUAAUAUAAUUAUAAUUAUAUUAUUAUAAUAUACCUCACAACCUCUGAGGAUGCCUGCCAUAGAUGUGGGCGAAACGUCAGGAGAGAAUGCUUCUGGAACAUGGUCAUACAACCCGGAAAACACACAACAACCCUGUGAUUCCAGUCAUGAAAACAUUCAACAACCUUUUAUUUUUUAUUUUUCAAAAGCUGGAAGGAGUGGCACCAAAGCACAUAAGAGUUGCCAUCAGUUGUACUUUGCAAACCACUCCACAAAAGGGUGAAUCAAAAGUUGGACAGGAAUGGAGCUGUAUCAAUGCAACUUGAAAAAUAUCUUAAUCUGACUUUCCAUGGGCUGAUUGGAAAAGGCAUAGCGAAUAGGAGAGGCAACAAGUCAAGGGACUUGUGAUGUAGAGUUUUACACUUCUGAUCUUGUUCUGGCAUACAUUCAGUGAUGCCCAUAUGGGUCAUUCCAUGCCAAGGAGUCUAAACCUUCCCACCAUCAUGUCUCCAAUAUCUUGCAGAUAAUUAUUUCAGGGAAACUAUGUUGCUGAUGAGAUGAUGUCAUUGAUGGAUCUGGAAUAGCAGCAAAAAGUUGUUCUGGAAUCUAGCAAGUAUCGCGUCGUAGCAGCCAAUCUACUGAAUUAGCAGGACCAUGAGGAUGCAGAAUGCAUAAAUGCACAAAGUAUAUCAUGCUUUGAUCUGAGUAAAUGGGUAUUUAAUGGUCGCAUUGCAAAACAAAAACAUAUCAGACUUGUAGAGCAAAAUUUUCUCUUUCAGAUGAUACUAUUCACAAACAUAUUCAGGUAGACUCUUUAUUAAUAAAUGGCUUAUGUUAAAAUUUAUGCUGACAGUGCCAAAUUUGAAGAGAUACUACAGGAUGUUCAUAGAUGCUGUAUAGUUGCAAAUCUGGCAGUAUUAUGUCCAUCACAAGCAUAAUGCUUGGGCAAAAUUUCAAGUCCAUAUCUUCGUUUGCAUGGAAAUCAUUGCAGACCGAAUAUUGGUCAAAAUUUGUCAUGAUGAGUCAUGACAUAUUUUGAUGCACACUUUGAGUUAUUUGCAUCCAUAAUGGUAAAAUUAAUUUCAUCGGAAUCAGCAGGAAAAAAUUGUACAAGAUUUCAAUUUUCUAGCCAUUCUUAUACAUUUAGUUUUAAUUAAAUUAGAGCCCAAAAUGGCAUUUUGUUAAAUGUCGUGUGCAUGCAGACUAACUACUUUUCAGAUAAGGGCAUCUAGAUCAGCAACUAUUGCAGUUAGAGACCUCUAAUUUUGGGAAACUUAGCUGACUGGCGCUACAGCUAAAAUUUGAACAAAAUUGGAGAACAUGAUGGUGGGAACUUUUUAAAAUUUUAGACCUCUUGGCAUCGAAUGACCCAUAUGAGAACUAUAAGCCAUGCCACACACCCCAGUGAACCCCAAAGUGUACAGGGAAAGCAGAGUCAUGUCUGAUCAGUGGAUUCUGGGGUUUCUGGUCCAUAAAAGCAACUUUCCGAAGCUCUGCGUCAGUGUGUAUAGAUGCACACGGUCAAAUGUAAACAUCAGUUCAGUGCUAUUUCCUGCAUUUAAGGUCUGACAUACCAGAUGAGUUCAGUCAUAUGCAUUCCAUACAUGUGCAGUCAUUAUUAUUUAUGCCAUUUCCUAUUCCUUAGCAAAGCAGAUUUAUAGCACUUUGGCUUAAGAUUACAAGACUUGAAAAUGCAUGGCUGGCACCUUGUGAAUCUCAGAAAUCAGAGUAGGGGAGCCCUUUGACACUAAACAGUUAUAGUGCUAUGACUUCACUUUAGCUGCCAUGGCUAUAUCUAUGGAAAUCUGGGACCUAUAGUUUUGGCGGGGAGGAGAAUUCCCAGCCAGAGGAUGGUAGUCCUUUUCCAAUUAAAGUGACAUCACAAUUGAGUAGGAUGACAACUGAUAUGACUUUUUAUUGUCAAAAACCCCUUAAAUAUUGAUUAUUAGUGCUCUUUAUCAGUCACCCAGUGUAACAUAAAUAGAACUGGGGUCUAUGUCUAUAAGACCAGUGAAACCUUUGUAGAGUUGCACUUGACAACUUUGGUUGUUUAUAUAUAUUCUGGCAGAGGUUGGACUGGACGGUCCUUGUGAUUUCUUCCAGCUUUAUGGUUUAGUAAUCUAUGUGAAAUCUUUUCUCCUGGAUCAAACCAUUAUUCCACAGAAUUAAAAUAAUUUUGUUCAAUUACUUUUCAAUUACAGUAGAGUCUCACUUAUCCAAGUCUCGCUUAUCCAAGUUUCUGGAUUAUCCAAGCCAUUUUUGUAGUCAAUGUUUUCAAUAUAUCGUGAUAUUUUGGUGCUAAAUUCAUAAAUACAGUAAUUACAACAUAACAUUACUGCGUAUUGAACUACUUUUUCUGUCAAAUUUGUUGUAUAACAUGAUGUUUUGGUGCUUAAUUUGGAAAAUUAUAACCUAAUUUGAUGUUUAAUAGGCUUUUCCUUAAUCCCUCCUUAUUAUCCAAGAUAUUCGCUUAUCCAAGCUUCUGCCAGCCCGUUUAGCUUGGAUAAGUGAGACGCUACUGUACCUUUGAACUGUAUUUCAGGGGAAUAGGACAGAGAUGUCUAACAAAGAGCUCUAAAUAUUUUACCAAAAUAAAGACCACGGAGCCAUGGCAGUUAAAAUGACUCAAAAUCCCUGCAAUGGUAAUGUAGACACACUCUAGGUUAAACUUUCAAGAAACUCUAAUAAGGAGAUAUUGGAGUCCAGUCUGGAAUAUUUCAUCUGAAGUUUAGGAGGAAUUAAUAUUGGUACUUAGUUUGCUGAUGAAGUCAGUAUUUCUGCCAAAAAAGUUUAGAACAGGCAUGGGAAAACUUUGGCCCUCCAGGUGUUUUGGACUUCAACUAACAGUAGGCUGUUAGGAAUUGUGGAGUUGAAGUCCAAAACACCCAGAGGGCCGAAGUUUGCCCAUGCCCAUGCCUGGUUUAGAAAAUGGUUUGGAUAUGGCAACAGCACUCUACUCACUUCACAGACUGUCUUCUCCUUUAAAAAGUCCAUUUAUACUUAUUACUGGUAAUGAAAAAAGAAGCAGCCUCGUUCCAGUUGAGGUUUUUUUUCAUGACUUCAGAUUACUCCCUUUACAAACUAAGCAGAGAAAGAUGUAGAAGUCAAAGAAAAAGCAAACGGGAAGGAGAGAUUUGUUUUUGGCAUCAUCCAAAUGUUCCUUCUGUAUAUUUAAAGUAACAACUCUUCCCCCCUUUAUCCAGUCUGUUUUAGCAGCAACGUGUUCCCAAAGGCUGGUCUGUUUAUUAUUGCCUCUUAACAAGGAUCAGUUGAGAUCUGUAUUUUAUCUUUACUUCAGAAUGGUUGGAUUUGGUUAACAACCCUUCCAACGAGACUGCCUGAAACUAAAAUCCACUUCCCCACAUUUCCUUAUUAAAGACAACGAUUCAAAUGGAGUCUCAUCAUAAGGCAAAGUACAACAGUAGCUUUUGGGAGCCAUUCGGGGCAUGAGCCAGAGCGAACCCAUGGGGUACAAUCAGUGUGGAUGUUCUGUGUAAUUCCCAUUGAAAUCAGCCAGGACCAAUAGAGAAUAUUUCAUUUUGGUGGUCCAUCCACCAGACAACAUUUUACUACAGUGUGGUGCCAGUUUAUUACUGGGGGAAGAGUUUAGUUGAGUUGUCUUCCUUAGGUUCAAGAUCUGAACAUCUCUGAAAUUUUGGGUAAAAUUGGUUUUCUAACCAAGGAAUGUUUUCAUUCCAUUGGGGUUGCAUGCCCUAUUAGCCUCACAGUACCUGGAAAUGUAAAAAGAUCAUUUCAUUGAGGCAUAUGGGUCAAAAAAUGCAUGCAGCACUCCAUGCAGUCAUGCUGGCCACAUGACUUUGGAGGUGUCUACAGAUAAAGCUGGCUCUUUGGCUUAGAAAUGGAGAUGAGCACCAAACCCUAGAGUUGAACACGACUAGACUUAACGUCAGGGGAAACUUUUACCUUUACUAUGGGUCAAAUGCAAUUCAACCAUGUGAAUCUAAGUGAUAUAACCACCCAACAAGAUAUUAUUUAUUAUGUUUAUUUAUACAAUACUUUUUCUCCACAAGGAGACUCAAAGCGGCUUACACUAAAAGCAUUUCAGUACUACAGUAGAGUCUCACUUAUCCAACAUAAACGGCCCGGUAGAACGUUGGAUAAGCGAAUAUGUUGGAUAAAAAGGAGGGAUUAAGGAAAAGCCUAUUAAACAUCAAAUUAGGUUAUGCUUUUACAAAUUAAGCACCAAAACAUCAUGUUAUACCACAAAUUUGACAGAAAAAGUAGUUCAAUAUACAGUAAUGCUAUGAAGUAAUUACUGUAUUUAUGAAUUUAGCACCAAAAUAUCACAAUGUAUUGAAAACAUUGACUACAAAAAUGCGUUGGAUAAUCCAGAAUGUUGGAUAAACGAGUGUUGGAUAAGUGAGACUCUACUGUAUUUGAAAUCUUCAAAUAUAUAAACAUUAAAACCAUUAAAUAUCAUUGGUAUUUUAAAGAUGCAACUAAUGAAAAGAAAAUAGAAAUCUCAAAUAACGGACUCAGUUCAGUUAGUCAAAUUGGAUAAAAAUAUUAGAGAGGAAGCUGUGCUACAGGUGUCUUGUGCAGGAAAACUUUCUGGGUGAUUUUGUCUGAAUGGGUACGUCAUGCCUCUUGCCAUAAUACAGGGUAUUUUGAAAAGAUGAGCCCAGUUUGAAACUGCUAUAUCUCUGCAACCAUGAACUGCCCAUGAAUGAAACUCUUACCACCUGAAAGGGUGGGGCAUAAAGUUUCACAUGUAAUUGUUACAUGUUGCUAGCAUGAAAUAUACUAUUUGAAGGUGGGUCCAUCAUUUUGAAACACCCUGCAGUGCAUCCACAUUUCACUGUCUCAUCUUGCCCCAUUGAUUGCAUUGCUGGAUCAGGCCGAGAGCAUUUUAACACUCAAAAGUGCCAGAGCAUAACCACUCUGUUGGAUCAGACCCAAAGAUCCAUCUAUUUUACCAUCGUGCUUCCAAUUAUGACCACAGUUGACUCAGAAGCUCACAAAGAUGAUGCAGAACCGACUAUCUUUCUUCCACCAGCUGAUAUUCAGGGCUGCUCUCAAGGAGCUGGCAUAAGGCACUUCGCCAACUAAGGGAAAGGACAUAAAUAAUGGAACUAAUUUAUUUUCUGAAGCACUAGAGGUUAAAACCGAAGUGAGUUCAACAUCCAAGAGAAAGGAUUUAAGACUAAUCAUGAGAAAGGAUUUCUGAUGCCUGUUCAACAUUGGCAUAGAUUAGCUCCAAAAUAGAGAACUCUCCCGUUAAUGUUUUUUUUUUAAAGCAGAUGAUGGAUGGCCACUUAUUGGGGAUGAUGGUAGAUAUCUUACAAUAGGAAGCAUUGGGGCAAAAUGAAAUCUGAGACUUUCUCCAGGUUUAUAUUUCUGUCUUUUUAAAUAAUGCUAUAUCCCAGUGGUUCUCAACCUGUGGGUCCCCAGAAGUUUUGGCCCACAACUAAAAAUUCCAGCCAGUUUACCAGUUAUUAGGAUUUCUGGGAGUUGAAGGCCAAAACAUCUAGGGACAUGCACGUUGAGAACCACUGCUAUAGCCCUUCUUCAUGGGGAAAGUGAUCCAAACCAGUGAUGCUUGGUGGCUCCCGUGUUAGUUUGGCGGUGGAUCCCUUCCAGGUUCUGACUCUGGCUUUCAAGCUGUCUAAGGUGCUGAACUCUUCCAAACUAGGUCAAGCACCUUGGAUAUUGCCUUUAAAGCCAGUCAAAACCCAACUGAUUCAUCACUUCACUGAAAUUGAAGGCACUAGCACCCACUGCUCCAAAUGAUCUUUGGUCGUUCCGAUUGCCAAUCCUGCACCUCUCCCCACCUGAAGUUGCUAUCCAGAAAGCUUGGAUGUUAGAAACAGUGUCCCAGGAAACUGACUUGAAAUUCGAACCUUCAUAAUCCCAGCAUAGGAUUGAAGAUCCAGGCUGUCAAAUUAUGCUUAAAGCAGGCUGGGUACGUGCUUUGAAAGCACAUUGGGACAGAGCACCAGAAUCUCUUCCUUGGUAGGACGAGAACAGAAGAUUUAAAAGGCUUUUCAAAAAGUUGAAUAAGUUCUGUGUUUGGUUGCACUGGGGUAGACCCUUUACCCAUUUUUGAUGCUAUGUUUCAUUUUAGUACAUUGCCUGUGUCUAACACUCCCCUCCUUGGCUGUUGUAAUUUUUAAUUAAAUGAGAGGAAAAGAUGUGUAUAUUUUUGGCAAUUGAGUUAAUGUAGCUAAGAUAUAUUUUUUCCAUGCUGCUUAACUGUUCUUUAUUGUAAUAAAUAAUAUUAAUAUCAAA